ACUGCCGGCACCACCAUGCCGCACCACAACAUCGUCUGCGAGUGGCUGCGCACCAUCGGGUUGGCCCACUACGGCGAGAGCUUCCUGGAGAACGGCUACGACGAGCUGGAGAUCUGCAAGCAGAUCGGGGAGAUCGACCUGGACGCCAUCGGGGUGGACAACCCGUCGCAUCGGGGCAAACUGCUAAAGAGCGUGCGCAUGCUGCGGGAGAAGGGCGCCGCCAUUGUCUACGUGCUCAUCAACGACCCCAAGGCCCUGAGCAGCAGCAACGAGAUCCUGGCCUCCGACUGUGAUACGCCGGUGACCAUGAAGGAGCUGGAGGCGGUCAUGAAGCGCCACCUCGAGGCGGACGGUAUCCGGCUGACUGCCCAUCCGUACUCCACACCGGAGGGGAAACGAGGCUACCUGGAGGGCCUGGCCGCCCACUACAGCAAGCAGAUCAACAUGCCCUACGAGGACGUGCUGGACGCCAUCGAGCAGGUGCGCCUGUCCAAGUGGAAGGAGCGCCACGUGCGCAUCUCCACGGGGCACACGCUGACCCGCCGGAUGGCUGGGCCCAGCUGCAGUGGAACGGGCCUGGUCAGCUCCUCGGUGAUGCCCACCAGCCACAGUCAGCCGCUCUAUGUGCCCGGCAAGUACUUGCCCUCCAGCUGCCUGUCGAAUCGCGAGGAGAACGAGAUCUACAGCUACACGCAGAAUGAUUUGGCCAAUCGCAUGGCCCGCAACGCCAUCGACUCCAAGUCGGCCCUGAAUCUGAACGGGAUGCAGCACAGUUAUCCGGGAGCACGGACCAAUUUCUUUUACGACUUUUCGGCAACAGAGGGCCGGAACAAGCACAAGCAGCGGAGAACGGUAUUCGCCCGUUUUUUGCAGGGCCUCCGGCAGAGUGGAGAUGAGCUGAACGCCACGGAGGGAAUGCAGUUGAAGACCAACGAACGUCUAAGAAAUUGCAGCACGAUGAAACGACCAGAACCGCAUCAGGACUUUGAAAAGACGAUACAGAGACUAAAGACACAGAAGGCGGCCCAAAAGAAGCCGGCCAGUGCCCCCUUGGAAAUGGCCCUCCACGAGCGGAACAAGGAGGUGGCCCACACCCAUGUGAACGAGAUGCCGCUCAAUAAUUAUACGAAGCAUCCCUAGGAUUCGGCCCUCAGCAGCGCAGCUGCUUAGAUCUCGGAUCCUCGACAACCGGCAAUCACAAACACACACUCACUUAUACAAAUUGUUGAAUCAAUCAUUGUUCUCAAUCAGGUGAUACACAAUCUUAAGAAAGACAGGAGCAUAAUCUAAAUGAUGAGGCUAAAUAGAUCAAGAAAUAUAGCAGGCCAACGAAGCAAUAUCAAUGCACUCAUAACUUACGAAUAGGAAGAGAAAUAGCCAUAGGAAUAAUAUCUGCAAGUGUUGAGUUAAACUUACCUAUAGGACUAAUUGACGGACCCAACCUGAUCAGCACCCGCACCCACUGUAUAGUCACCCGACCAUUAAUGAACAGUAAG